AUGGAUGAAGCCAAUCACUCUGUGGUCUCUGAGUUUGUGUUCCUGGGACUCUCUGACUCGUGGAAGAUCCAGCUCCUCCUCUUCCUCUUUUUCUCAGUGUCCUAUGUGUCAAGCCUGAUGGGAAAUCUCCUCAUUGUGCUAACUGUGACCUCUGACCCUCAUUUACAGUCCCCCAUGUACUUCCUGCUGGCCAAACUUUUCAUCAUUGAUUUGAUAUUUUGUUCCUCCACAGCUCCCAAGAUGAUUUAUGACCUCUUCAGGAAGCACAAAACCAUCUCUUUUGGGGGCUGUGUAGUUCAGAUCUUCUUUAUCCAUGCAGUUGGGGGCACUGAGAUGGUGCUGCUCAUAGCCAUGGCUUUUGACCGAUAUGUGGCCAUAUGUAAGCCUCUCCACUACCUGACCAUCAUGAACCCACAAAGAUGUAUUUUGUUUUUAGUCAUUUCCUGGAUUAUAGGUAUUAUUCACUCCGUGAUUCAUUUGGCUUUUGUUAUAGACCCGCCGUUCUGUGGCCCUAAUGAAUUAGAUAGUUUCUUUUGUGAUCUUCCUCGAUUUAUCAAACUGGCUUGCAUGGAGACCUACACAAUGGGAUUCAUGGUUACUGCCAAUCGAUUUAUUUCUCUGGCUUCUUUUUUAAUUCUCAUAAUCUCUUGCAUCUUUAUUUUGGUGACUGUUCAGAAAAAAUCUUCAGAUGGUAUAUUCAAGGCUUUCUCUACGUUGUCAGCUCACGUCACUGUGGUGGUUUUGUUCUUUGGGCCAUUAAUCUUUUUCUAUGUUUUUCCAUUUCCCACACCACAUCUGGAUAAAUUCCUUUCCAUCUUUGAUGCAGUUAUCACUCCUGUUUUGAAUCCAGUCAUCUAUACUUUUAGGAAUAAAGAGAUGAAGGUGGCAAUGAAAAGACGAUGCUUUCAGUUUGUGAAUUACAGUAAAAUCUUUUAA